AUGCCAUCACAGACAAAGACCAAACAAAAGCCUGAGAAGGAGAGAUUCAUUCAGUGCUGCGCCGAUAUUUCUUUGGAGCUAGUUGCCUCCCUUAAAUCAUCAAAAGAUAUCAAUUUAAACGGAUUAAUUAUUAGGUAUGCCAAAAAACACAAGCUUAAAGCACAACCACGACUUACAGAUAUCAUAUCUUCUAUCCCUGAUCAGCACAAGAAAUAUCUUAUUCCGAAAUUGAAGGCCAAGCCUGUGCGUACUGCGUCUGGUAUCGCAGUUGUUGCCGUGAUGUGUAAACCACAUAGAUGUCCACACAUUGCAUAUACAGGAAAUAUUUGUGUUUAUUGUCCUGGUGGCCCAGACUCUGACUUUGAGUAUUCCACUCAGUCAUACACAGGUUACGAACCCACCUCGAUGAGAGCAAUCAGAGCCAGAUACGACCCUUAUGAACAGGCUAGAGGGCGUGUGGAUCAGUUGAGGAAAUUGGGCCACUCGAUAGAUAAAGUGGAGUACAUCAUCAUGGGUGGUACAUUCAUGUCGUUGCCUAUCGAUUACAGAGAAAAUUUCAUAACACAGUUGCAUAAUGCCUUGACUGGUUUCAAUGGUAAGAACAUUGACGAAGCUAUUGAAUUUUCACAACAAUCCCAAACAAAAUGUGUAGGUAUCACAAUAGAAACAAGACCGGAUUAUUGUACAGAGACUCAUUUGAGCGAUAUGUUAAAGUAUGGUUGUACCAGAUUGGAAAUAGGUGUGCAAUCAGUCUAUGAAGAUGUUGCUAGAGACACGAAUAGGGGCCACACAGUCAAGGCUGUUUGUGAAACUUUUGCCGUUGCUAAAGAUGCCGGUUACAAAGUUGUUAGUCACAUGAUGCCGGACUUGCCAAAUGUUGGUAUGGAAAGAGAUUUGGAGCAAUUUAAAGAGUAUUUUGAGAAUCCGGACUUUAGAACAGAUGGAUUAAAAUUAUAUCCAACCUUGGUCAUUCGCGGUACGGGUUUAUACGAACUCUGGAAACAAGGCUUGUACAAAUCCUAUAAUGCAAAUGCAUUGAUCGACUUGGUCGCCAGAAUAUUAGCCUUGGUUCCACCAUGGACUCGUAUCUAUCGUGUCCAACGAGAUAUUCCUAUGCCAUUGGUUACCUCCGGUGUCGAAAAUGGUAAUCUUAGGGAGUUGGCAUUGGCAAGGAUGAAGGAUUUAGGUACACUGUGUAGAGAUGUACGAACAAGAGAAGUUGGUAUACAGGAGGUGCAUCACAAGGUUGUGCCCGAUCAAGUUGAACUCAUCAGACGAGACUACUAUGCCAACGGAGGUUGGGAAACAUUUUUGAGCUAUGAAGACCCCAAGCAGGAUAUCUUGAUUGGAUUAUUGAGACUCAGAAAGGCAAGCAAGAAAUAUACUUAUAGGAAAGAGUUUACUAAACAGCAAACAUCGAUUGUGAGAGAAUUACAUGUGUAUGGUUCGGUCGUUCCCUUGCAUUCAAGAGAUCCAAGAAAGUUCCAGCAUCAAGGAUUUGGUACAUUGUUGAUGGAGGAAGCUGCUAGGAUUGCCAAGGAGGAGCAUGGUUCACUGAAGAUUAGUGUUAUUUCUGGAGUUGGUGUGAGAAAUUAUUACGCGAAAUUAGGCUACGAGCUAGACGGACCUUUCAUGUCUAAAGCUUUAUAA